AUGGCCGAAGAUGAUUAUGAGGAUAUCCGUGGCGAUAAGUUUGACCUUCAUGCUUGCUAUCGUGUCUUGGAAGAAAGAAAUCCUGGUCCCGUAGGUCGUGGAGUGGUGAUUAGAAACGACAAUGCUUUGGUUUUGGGAAGUCUUGCUCAAGCUUUAGGUAUUGAUAACUCAACUUCGGCGGAGUUCUGGGGUGCAAUUCACGCCUUUCGUAUAGCGCAACUGAAAGGAAUGAGAAAAAUCUGGUUCGAGUGCGACUCUAUGCACGUUAUUAUGGUAUUGUCCAACUCUUCUUUGAUUCCUUUGAGGCUUUUAGUUCACUUGGAGAAUUGUUUAAGACACUUAUCUUCAAUUCAAUUCAGAUUCUCGUAUAUUUAUAGAGAAGGAAAUUCGGUAGCAGAUUUACUUGCUAAAUGGGGUGCAACUUCAGGGUCUUAA